GGAUUCUUUCGACGUACACACCGGAUGAAUCUGGAGUACCGGACUUGUCCAUUUCUUCCGAGCGCACCUUGUGAAAUCAACAUGGCAACCAGAAACAAAUGUCAGUUCUGUAGAUUUCAAAAAUGUCUUCAUGUUGGAAUGUCACUUGGUGCUUCUAGGUUUGGUCGUAUGCCUCGCGAAGAAAGACUUAAAAUUCUCCAUGAAUUGAAAAAAGAAGCGAGCUGUGCUACAUGGGAGGAAAAACGAAAAAUAGAACUGCGACAGUUCACCGACAGCAUCCACCAAUCAUUCAGAGAGAUAUUUAAACAAUAUAGGGGGUCGCGACAGUUAAAAGAAAAAUCUAACGGA